AUAUAUGAAGGUAUAACUAAUUAGCCUUCUUUUGUUUUAUUUGGUUACUUCCAAAAACAUACCACUAUAAUUAGAGAUUGGGUUAAUACAAUUUGAAGAUCUUUAGGCUGGAAAACUAUAAUAUUAAGUAUGACAAAUUGCAAAUGAAAAAUAAAGGAAAUAAAAUUUGAUCAGCCAUUUAUCCGUGUCCCUUAGGUUGCUUUAACAAUUAAUAGUCUAAUGAAUCAUAAUACUUAGGUGUACUUUAGCAAGAUUUACAAUGUGACCACCAAUGGUAACCCUAUCUAAUACUAAAUCUAGGAUUUACUAUAGGAGUUUUGAGUGGAACAGAACAAUCCAUAGAAUAUCGUUACAUGGCUAUAGUUGAUGAUAGAGUCUAAAUUAAUUGUCUCAAUUUUAAAGUCAAAGAAAUUGUUUUCAUUCCUUAUCUUAAGUAUACGCAUCUAAAAUCUCUAGAUAGUUUGUCAAAGUACCUAAAUCAUGGGUAUUCUUAACUGGAGUAAGAUAGUCAAGCAAUAACUUUUCAUUUUAAUAAGGUAUCAUUAAUUUAUAUUCAUCUAUCAUUUUAGAUAUAAGAAAUGAAGGAAUUAUGCUUAAGUUUUCAUCUAUCGAUACUGAAAUACUAGGAGUAUGUGUUGUAGCAGGUGCUGUUGAUAUUUUGUAAUCUAGAAUUGAAGAUUUACCUACAUUUUAAGGUUACAAUUUAAUGAAAUAAUCAACUGCUCUAUCUAUCAUUGCUUAAUCAACCUUUAUUUGUGAAGAUGAAUGCUUACUUUACUUUAGUAAUAUUUAUUAUAAGUUAGGGAAUGAUUAAACUAAAUAAUUAAAAAUUAAUACUUAAUUUCAUAAUUAAUCUGAUAACACAUCUAAAUUUAUUACAUUCAAAUAAGAUAAUCAUAAUCCUUCCAUAGAUAAAGUUUAAAAUAUACUUUAAUCAACCAUUUAAUCAGAAAGCAUUUAAUAAUCUCAUACCACUCAUGAAGAUAGUCUCAAGAAAAUGAUAUCUUAAUCUAUUCAGAAAUUGGAAGAACAAAUUAAUCAUCCAAAUGGAAUUAAUAGUUUUGAUUCCAAUCUUUAAUAAGAUAUUUCAUAAUAAGACAUUUUAAACGAAAAUUAUAGGCAAUCUGAAUCUGAGGAGGAAAAGUAUGAUGAAAAUAUUUAGGAAAAUUAUUCUAAAGAUUAAGUUGAAUAGGAUGAAUAAAAAGAAGAUAAAUAAGAUGAUCAAGAUGAUCAAGAUGAUUAAGAAGAUUAUUCUACAAUCAAAUUUUCAAAACCUAUUAAUAUUGAAGAAGAAUUAUUAAAAUUAGAAAAAAUAUCAGAAGAUAGAACCAAAAAAAUUAAUUUCAUUUAAUUCAAUCCAAAAGAAUCUAUUAAUGUUUCAUUUCUAUCUAAAAAUAAUAUUGAUAUUUAAGAAGAAAGCACUGCUGAAAAACUUAUUGAAUUAAAAUAUAUAGAUAGAGCUCCUAAGUUUUCACCUAAAAUUUAAUAGAUGAUUGAAGAGGCAAAAAAAAAUAUCGGAGUAGAAUAAUCUGAAGAAACAAAAAACAAUAUUGAAAUCAAAUAAUUAGGAGAUAAAAUAGAAUCUUAAACAAUAAAUAAAAUGUCAUUGAAGGAUUAAUUAAAAUUAAAAACAGAAAGUUUAAUUCAAUAAAUUGAGAAUACUUCUUCACAUAGUUCUUAAAUUGAUAAAGAUAAUAUUCAAUAAUUUACAAAUAAUAAUAAAAUUGAACCAUAAGUGUAAAAUAUUAUUACUAAUAAUCAACCUACAGAAUUAAAGGAAGAACAAUUAAUUAUGCCCUCUCCUAACAAUGAAAAAAUACAUACGAAAAAACCAAUUCUAAAUGAAUAUGAUACUAUUUUUGCUUAAUUUGCUAACAAUAAUAAUUUAAGAUCUACUAAACCUUAAUAACAUUUUUCUAGUCCAUUGAUUGACACUGAAAUAAAGAUGGAAUUAGUUUAAGAGGAAUAACAGAUUGAACCUUAAAAAGAAUUGAAAAUUCUUAAUCCAAGAGAAGAAAGACUUUAAAAAUAUUUGUAAAAAGCUGACGAAGUUGAUUUAAAUUUCUUAGAAAAUAUUAAACUUGUUUCAGAGUAGAGUGAAUAAGAAGAAGAUCAACCAUUAGAAUAAAACUAAGAAGUAUUUGAUCAAACUAAUGUGUCAUACACAGAACAAUUAAAUUUGAGAAAGAGUAAUUAUAUUUAUUAUUUAGAUUAAAUUCUCUAAGAACUUUAAUAAAAAUACAAUAUAAAAGCUGCUCCAGUUUAGAGUUUUGAAGAAUUCAAAUUGAAAGUACCUUAGGAUUAGUACCCAUAAAUAUUGUAUGAAAAAUAUCUAGAAUAAUUGAAAAAACAACAUAUAGGAGCUAGUUUUAUUGAAACCGAUCACAACAUUAGAUCUGUAGAAAACUCAUAUUAACUUGAAGCAGCCUAUUAUGAAUGGCAUUUAUAAAAAAAUAUAUGAGUCGAUUAUCAUCUAUUCAAUUAUCAGU